AUGAAACCCGAGAUGAACGGCUCGUCUCGGCCUGGGGAUAAAGCCAAUAAAGACAGGGUCCAGGACGGACGCGCGACCAAGUCGUCCAAGAAAGCCUCCGGAUACGCUGCUUCUUCCAAGAAGAGGGCCAAGAAUAGACAUCUGGUUCCACCGGAAUACCUCGAAUCCUUCGACACCCUGACCGCCGCCGAGCUCGGAGAGUUAUGCAGGGAGCUUGAUCUAGACAUCAGGGGCGGCAAGUACGAAUGCUGGCUCCGCUUGUACGAGGAAGGUGUGUUCGGUAGCGAGAGCGAUGUGAAGCGCCCUGGCUCUGCUUCCGGUUCCGAUUCCGAAGAGGGCGACGAGCCCAUGCCACCUGAGGAUAUCUCCUUGCCGCCCGCACCGGCCCCAAAACCCCCGGCGCCUGUCCACCCGUGCAAGAUCGCUCCGUCACUGCCGAGGAGGCGGGUAUGGAAAGUCCCCGCUCCUCCUGGCCGUCCUCCGAUAGUAAUGCCCAAGAACCCGCGCGCCAGGGAGGAGGACCUGAUCGGCCCGUGGGUGGAAAAGGCCCCGGCGCGCAAGAUUCCUGCUCCUCUUUGUCCUGGUCGUGCUCCGAUAAUAAGACCCAAAAAUCCGCGCGCCAGGGAGGAGAACCUGAUCGACCCGUGGGUGGAAAAGGCCCCGGCGCGCAAGAUUCCUGCUCCUCUUUGUCCUGGCCGUGCUCCGAUAAUAAGACCCAAAAAUCCGCGCGCCAGGGAGGAGGACCUGAUCGACCCGUGGGUGGAAAAGGCCCCGGCACGGAAACGCCCCGCCUCACCGCGCGGUACCGCCCCUAAACCGAAAGGGCCACUUGCGCCGGAGGACCGGGCCCCAGGAGGCCCUCGUGGACCCAAGAGGAAGAAGAUCCAGCCCCAAUACUACUACAUCCCCAUCUACUACCUGAAUAUGGACUGCGCCGAUAUCAUGGCCCAAUUCCCCGAGCUGGCCGAGAUCCUCUUGUCGGCGCGGUUCCCGCCGCGCGACGACCGCCCGCUGAACGACUUCCUGGAGUUCCACCCGCAGAUCCGGCGGAAGCUAGCCGUGCUCUCCCAGGAGGAGGGCCUCCCCUUCCCGGAUGACGCGGAACGCAACCCCUGGCUGCCCAAGGGGUUCCCUGAUGCGAUCUUCAUGGACAUCAUGGACGUAGUGCCGGUGUUGUGGGAUCUCUGGCAGGAGUGGGAGGACGAUGAGAAUGCGCCAUCCCUGUGGGAGAACACCGAAGGCACGGUGCGGACAUUCUCGCCCUCGCUGGUCCAUGAGCUCACGUUCUUCGACGUCGUGGCCGAGUACCCCGCCUGGCUCGUGUUGCUGGAAGAGGCCAUCCAUGACGACAAAUCACCGCUGGGUCUCCAGGAACCGGACGACCUGCAUUUCCUGCAAGACAACAUAGCCGGCUCUGGAAUUGAAGACGGGAUGGAGAGCGACGACAAUGAAAGCGCGGGCGAGUGGGAACAGGACGAAGAGGAACAGGAUGAAGGACAGGACGAUGAGGGAGAGGACGACGAGGGGGUGGACGAAGAGGGUGAGGACCAAUGCGGUAGGGAAGAAGAGGAUGAGGAAGAAGAAGAAGAAGAAGAAGACGAGGAGGAAGCGGGUGACGAAGAAGCAGGCGACGAAGAAGCAGGCGACGCAGAAGAGGGUGACGAGGAAGAAGGUGACGAGGAAGAGGGUGAUGAGGAAGAGGUUGACGAAGAAGAGGGUGAUGAAGAAGAGGGUGAUGAAGAAGAGGGUGAUGAAGAAGAGGGUGAUGAAGAAGAAGAAAAAGAAGAAGGUGAUGAAGAAGAAGGUGAGGAGGAAUAUGAUCAAGUGAUGGAGGAAGUAAUGGAAGAUGUUGGGUGUGCCGGCGACGAUGAUGGCGAAGAGGAUACAGAAGCGGAAGCGGGAUGCCAAGGGUGUAGUUAG